GAACUCCUGCCAAGGCCCCACGGAGUUUGUUUGCACCACAUCGCACCCGUUAAGUAUCCGCUGCCCAAACAUUGAUUCUCCGUCCUCGAAAAUUACUCGUCCCUCGAAACCACCCACCCCAGAUCCCCACAGAAGAAACAACUUAACAAGCAUGGCGGCUCAAACGCUCACCACUCUCCCGACCGAGAUCCUCGUCCGCAUCUGCAGCCUUCUUUACGAAUCGCACAUUCUCAGUCUCGAGGCGUUCUCCUUAGGGAAUAAGCGCUGCUUCACAAUCGCUGCGACCGUUCUUGCCCACACCAUCACGUUUAGAAUCAACACGCCUACCCAACUUUCUGAAGAUGUCGACAAAUGCAAGCAGUUACUUGGGCGGCACCAGCCGGGUUUGUUUCAACACGUCCGGCGCCUCGUCAUUUUCGGCCGUAUGGACAGCCCGUAUUGCGCCACGGGCUACGGCGGCGCAAACCCCAAUUGGGAGGACCAAAGAUAUCAUGACGACUCGGAAGACGAGUAUGACGAAGGCGAGCUUCACCCCGACGACGAGGACGAGCCCAUUGCGCGGAAGGAAAAGCGCAAACAGAUAACCUUUCAUUUUUCAUUGCCGACAACGGAUGACUGGGAUGUCAUGCAUACCCAACUCCACGAUUUUCACUUCGAGUCGGCGCACGGCCGUGGUGCGAUACCCUUGAGGCAGCGCCAGAAUAAUGGCUACGAUGGCGACCCUGACGAAGCACCUGCCAGCGCGGCCUACGACACCGAUCACCACUGGCUACCUCUCGCAGACCUCAUCCCCCGGCUUCCCGGGUUGGUUGACGUGGUCUACCGCUGCCCCUCGCAGUUUCCGCCUUGCCUCCUCAAGGCGAUGCACGCCAGUGAGAAACCGGCACGGCUGCAUUUGCAGAUGUUCAAGUUACGAAGUGCCUACGACGACUCGCCUACCAUCGACCCAUACGAGCUGGAAAUUAUCACCUCCUCCUGUCUCUACAGCAUCUGGCCCCAGUACAGGAUAGACGUGGCCGAGAAUGGGGAGCAGGCUCCCUCCCGGCAGCUCGACGCUGUCAUGUGGAUGCUCCAGCAAGCAUCGGCCUCACUCCACCUCAGAGAAGCCAACGUGGCUGGUAGCUACCUUGCUGAGAAGGGCACUAUGCGGUCACUUCCGGGUGGUCUAAUAUCAGGCUUUUCCAACGAUUUUCGGGGUCCUGUCGGGCCCUGGAACCGGGCCACGUUUUUCCACCAGGAGCAAAAAGAAGCCGUACGUGCAUCUGCCCUUGGCAAAGGCCAUCUGACACACCUCAGAUUCGACUCGGGCGUAUGCAGCACUCCUCAUGAAUCCAUAUUUGGGUGUGGUGAUUGCAGCUGGAUUGAGAAGUGGGAUAACCUAACCGAUUUCUCGAUGCUGCGCACUCUAGCUCUGGUACAACCCCUGUCCCAAGUGCAAGUUCUUCUACUGCGAGCAACAUGUCUUCCGGGGCUUACAGCACUUUCGCUGACCUGCGAGCUGCCCUCGUCUACAGAGGGAGAGACGACCACGACCCGCUCACAGCCUGACUAUUUCCAGACCAUCGCCGCCUUCCUGUCCGGGCUCCCUUCUUUGACCGUACUCCAGGUCACCGCGUGGGACCAUGCCCGACAUACGUUUUCGUUUCACAACUCGAGACUCGAGAAAUUGUCGCUGGUACCAGUAGAGGGCCGGCCGUAUCGGUUCGCCUGCGAUCUACAAAACUUCUUGACUCUUGAAGGGCUGGCAGCGCUCGUCUCGUCUUUCCCGUGUCUCACCGACCUGUCCAUCCCGGUCAAGAGAUCGAGGGGCAGCAGUGCCGAGGUCGCGUUGUACCGGUACAUCGGCGAGCAUAUGCCCAGCCUCCGCCGGCUGUCGUUGAGGCUCGACUGCAGCCCUCCUCGUUCCAUCGUCACCGAUCAAAGCGACCACGACACGCCCUUUCUCGAGCCUUACCCUUCCGACCCACGCUGGCCAGCAGUGGGCGCCGCUUUGAAUAGGGACAAAGACGAGUACGCCCACAGCGAUUGCAGGGUGAACCGCUACCGCAACGGGCAUAUUUACGACAUAUUUAUCAACGCCGCCCUGGACGCGUCCCUUGCUCGGAAAAUCUUCACUGCCGUGGGAGGGAACCUCGAGACAUUGCUGGUGCAAACAUACGGCGGCCUUAACUUCUCGCAACUCGGGCCGCCACCACGAUUUGGUAUGCCCAGAGGUGUUAAACCGGCCGGAGAUUUAUUCAUCCCUUUUCUGUACGGGAUUGGAAAGCAGUGGAUGGUGGAACAGAUGAACAACAAGCUGGCUGUCAAGGAAAUGGACCACAAAAUACACCCGAAAUCCAUGUAUGGUUCCUCGCGAGUCAGAUCCAAACAUAGCAAAUAUGCGGCUCUGUUGCGGUGCUUUAGGCGCGUGUGGCCUGACGAAAAGGAAGGAAGCAAAGGGUGGCAUGAGGAUUGGGAGAGCUGGGGGCUUGAGACGGAGUGAACCAUGAGGGGCGGAGUGAAGCACGAGGGACGUCGUGUCAAUGUCAAAUGUCAUGUAUGUUUUUGGCCUUUUCAUCUUCAUCUUGUCUUCCGUCUUCCUCCAACACAACUGUAGUUAAAACCCUACAGUGCUCUAAAAAGUCAACCAAACCUCCCCACAUCACGCCGCAAUUUGAGCCAACAUGGCUGCCAGCCGCCUCUCAUACUCCAAGACAUCCCCUGGGAUGGGGGCCGUCGACAGACACAUCCUCGUAACCUCUGCAUAAACCGACCCAGUAAUACUGUUCCCAGUUAGCCAUCCGCUGAUCUCUUGUCAUACAACCAGGAGGGGAGAGCAAGAGCAAAAUAUCAAACCAAAGCCAAAAAAAAAA